GAUGAAUCGGAGCGAGACGUGAACACGGACAUUAUCCACACGAGAGAGGUUUUGCCGUCGUCGUCCACCGUCGAGAGUCGCGAAGAAGAAGAAGAAGAAGAAGAAGAAGAAGAAGAUCGCGGGUGCGGGCGCGUGCCCAUUUCCGUCGCCGGGCGCGACCCCAAAGUUCGCGCAAACUUCCGUUGCACCGCCGCAGACGACGGCGAAUCAUGGGGUGCACGGGCCGAGCAAUCUUGUCCCUCUCCCUCUCCUCCAACCUCCUCCCUCUCUCUCGCCUCUCCUCCGCCAGGCGCCUCGUCAGAUUGUCGACGCCCGCGACGGCGGCGGGGACGUCGCUGGCGAGGCUCAAUCUCAGGCCCAUGUGCUCCUCCGCCGCCGCCGCGCCGGCGACCGUGGAGUCGGACGCGGCGAUUGAGCCCAUGAAGCACACGAUGCUUCUCGAGAGGCUGAGGCUGAGGCACUUGAAGGACGCUCCAAAGCCGCAGCAGAGUAGGAACCCAGAAAGCAAGAGCGGGAGUGGAAUGACGAGGAGCCCAAAGGAAGAAGCUUUUGAGGUGAAGGGGGAGAAGAAGAAGAAGAUGGUGGCGAUGGUGGGGAGUUUCGAGGAGCUGGGGCUGAGCGAGGAGGUGAUGGGGGCUGUGAGAGAGAUGGCGAUUGAAGUCCCCACUGAGAUUCAGUGCUUGGGGAUUCCUGCCGUUUUGGAGGGGAAGAGUGUGGUGUUGGGCUCUCACACUGGCUCUGGCAAGACUCUUGCCUACUUGUUGCCUCUUGUUCAGUUGCUGAGAAGGGAUGAGGAGCUUUAUGGGAGGUUGAUGAGGCCUCGGCGACCUCGAGCGGUGGUUCUUUGCCCCACUCGCGAGCUAUCUGAGCAGGUCUUCCGAGUGUCCAAGUCUAUAAGCCAUCAUGCGCGUUUCAGGUCCACUAUGGUGAGUGGUGGUGGCCGGAUAAGGCCCCAAGAAGAUUCAUUGAAUAGCCCCAUCGACAUGGUAGUGGGGACUCCUGGCAGGCUUCUCCAGCACAUCGAAGAAGGGAACUUGGUGUACGGUGACAUCAAGUACUUGGUUUUGGAUGAAGCAGAUACUAUGUUCGAUCGUGGCUUUGGUCCCGACAUUCGUAAGUUCCUUGGUCCACUGAAAAAUCGAGCACUAAAAUCUGAUGACCUGGGAUUUCAGACUGUUUUGGUAACUGCCACAAUGACUAAGGCUGUGCAGAAGCUGGUUGAUGAAGAGUUUCAAGGAAUAGCACAUUUACGUACAUCUACACUGCAUAAGAAAAUUGCAUCUGCUCGCCAUGACUUCAUUAAAAUUUCGGGUUCUGAAAACAAGCUCGAAUCCUUGCUACAGGUCCUUGAGCCUAGCUUGGCAAAGGGAAACAAAGUGAUGGUGUUUUGUAAUACUCUGAAUUCCAGUCGUGCCGUGGAUCACUUUCUCCAUGAAAACCAAAUCUCUACUGUCAACUACCACGGAGAAGUGCCGGCUGAGCAGAGAGUUGAAAAUUUGAAGAAAUUUAAGAAUGAAGAUGGAGAUUGCCCUACAUUGGUCUGCACAGAUUUGGCUGCUAGGGGACUGGAUUUGGACGUGGAUCAUGUCAUCAUGUUUGAUUUCCCACUGAACUCUAUCGAUUACCUUCAUCGCACCGGAAGAACUGCUCGAAUGGGUGCAAAAGGAAAAGUGACAAGCUUGGUUGCAAAAAAGGACCUUCUUUUGGCCACUCGGAUAGAAGAAGCAAUCAGGAAGAAUGAGAGCUUGGAAGCUCUUACUGUGGACAAUGUCCGCAGGGACAUGGCUAGGGCACGAAUAAGCGAACCGAAGGGGAAGAACACCAAAUUGAGUAAGGUAACGGAUCAGAGAAACAAGGGCAAAACAGCAGCCAAUAAAUCUUCUAUCUCUCGCACUAAGGCGGUGUCCUCGCAAGUUUCUGGAAGGAAAACCACUGGAACAAGAGCUGGGACAACAUCAUCCUUGCAAAUUUCUCGCACUAAGGCAGUGUCCUCGCAAGUUUCUGGAAGGAAAACCGCUGGAACAAGAGCUGGGAAAACAUCAUCCUCACAGAUUUCUGUAAGGAAAACCGCUGGAACAAAAGCUGGGAAAACAUCAUCCUCGGCCAAACUGUCGAGGGCAGUUAAGAUUUCAAAAGUGACGAGGCCUUCCGGUGUUGGUAAGUCUGCCAAAUCGACGUCUAAUGGGAGGAAACUAACGCAAAGCAAAUCUGGCAAAUUAAGUGUAGUUGGGUUUAGGGGUCGGAAUUCUUCGUUGAGCAAGAAAGUAGUCGAUGCUUAACUGCUUUGUGGCACCCCCAAAAAAUAGAAAUGGAUCUGUAAAUUGAUUUAAGUUGUCAUCUUUUUCCCUUUUCUUCUUGAGAUUGGUUUAAAAUCGGAGGUCCUGGCAAGGAGUAAGAAUCAAAGAAAAGAGAAAUCCUGGUCAGAGGAUUGUUUGUUGUAAACUGUUUCCAUGUAUGCGGAUCUUUACCUCAACUCUAUUUCCAACAUUUGGUGCUCCAA